AUGAGUUCCUCAGUCAUUCAGUUAGAAUGCCAGUGCAACAAUUACCCAUGGGGGAAGAAAGGAAGUAGUUCUCUAGCUGCGAAAUAUGCUGCGGCAACACCUGGUGGUCACUUCAAGCUCGACGAGUCGAAAGAGUAUGCUGAGCAAUGGAUGGGAACAUACCCAACAACCCCUUCUCUAGUUCUUGCAACUGGGGAAGACCUCCAGAAGCACAUCAACAGCAACAAAGAGAAGUUAAUUGGGAAAGCAAUUCUUGAUAAAUUUGGAGCCGACCUGCCCUACCUUCCAAAGAUCCUCUCAAUCGCCAAAGCCCUCCCUCUCCAAAUCCACCCAGACAAAGGCCUCGCAGCCAAACUCCACAAGAAAGACCCCGAAAAGUUCGGAGACGCCAACUGCAAGCCCGAAAUCGCAGUCGCUCUCGGAAAAUUCGAAGUCUUCGUUGGCUGGAAACCAAUUCCCGAGAUCCAGCAGCUCUUCACGACCGUCCCCAUUCUCAAAUCACGAUUCACCAAAAGUUCCGAGACACACUUCAAUGGAGAGACGCUGAAGGAGGUCGUUGGCAAGAUCCUUUCCGCAUCCGAUGAGGAGAUUGUGGAGCUCUAUGAGUCGUUGAAGAAGACCGAGGUCAAAGACUUUGGAAAACAUACGUACUUUCCGGAAUUGCUUCCUCGUUUGGCCGAGCAAUAUGAUAAAUCGGAUCCGGGAAAUCUCGUGGCACUGCUCACCAUGAACUAUCUGGUUUUGCAGAAAGGAGACGCUAUCUACGUCCCAGCAGACGGGAUACAUGCAUACCUGAGCGGUGAUAUCGUAGAGUGUAUGGCUCGUUCAGACAACGUCCUCAACACCGGGUUCUGUCCCCGAGCCGAUCGAGACUCAAUCGAGCUCUUCACCGCAGCUCUCACAUUCAGCCCCAAGAAUGCUGACGAAGCUCUUCUCAAGCAGAAGAAGUCGGACAAAGGACUGAAAGGCCAUACGCAAGUCUUGGCUCCACCAUUGAGCGAAUUCGACAUGCUGAUUACGAAGUUGAAAGGCAAGGAGACAGAAACAAUCAAGGCUCUUCAAGGCCUGGCUAUCUUGAUUGUCACUGGAGGAAAGGGGAAGAUGAGGGCUGAGGGUAAGGAGCAUGAGGUGAAGGAGGGAUAUGCCUUCUUUAUUGGGUAUAACACUGAGAUCGAGCUUGCGGCGGAGUCUGGCCUUGAGGCUCACAUUGCUUUUGCUGAGGCUUAAAGAGCCUGAGAUAUCACGGAAUAUAGAAUUCUUUUAGAGACAGUAAAAUAGGGAGAGUAAUGUGGUGAAUGUAUCAACUCAGUCGCCUCUAAUCCCC